AUGUCCACCGAUUCAACUUAUCCAAAACGCUACUAUUUCAACCAAUCGACCCAAAUGUGUGAACCGUUCCACUUCACUGGCAUGCUAGCUCACGGGAACAAUUUCCCGACAAUGGCCACGUGCAAUGCCACCUGUCUUUUCGUGCCCGACAUUGAGGCGAUCACGAUGCCCGCCCAUUCGAACGAGCCGAUUGCCCAAUCUGACUUGGCCGAUCCAACCCGAUCGGAAGUUAAACGACCGGGUCCGAACAACUGGGGUGCGCGACCACAAACAACUGAGGCGAAUAACAGUUCGAAAUACCCGGUGGUCGGUUCGCCGUCUGUUGAGAACCAAACAGCUUUCCAAUCCCCGUGUCUGACACCGCUAUCCUCGUACGGGGCAAGCGAACUGGCCAAACAGACAAUUUGCGAUUCAGAGGAUAUCAUUCGGGAAUUGGGCUAUCGAUUUCGAGCAAUAGAGCACACAGAUGGGACAACAAACAACGGUCAGUUGGAGGGAAUCUGUGAACUCACUCUGGUCCCAAUUUGUUUGAGUGAACCGAAAAUGGUAUUCGGUGGUUUGGUCGAUUCGCGAAUGCGUACCAUUGGUCGGGUGUUUCAAACUCAGGCCGAAUGUGAGAAAACGUGUUUGAACAAUCGACGUAUACGUCGGAGUGCUCGGGAUCGCGAUGAUUCGGAUAAUGAACAGAAUACGAGCACGUCGGAAGAUACACAACAACUCGAAGUGUUGGUAGAAUCCAUACUGGAAAAGAGCGGUUAUGAAUCAGGUAAAUGA